CUGUGGCGUAAAGACAUGUUUGAACCUUCGGACGUAAUCUAGGAUUUUUUUGGAAACAAUCUUCGGAAUUAUUUUCGGGAAAUAUUAAUAAUCAUCUUUAACUAAUAAGUGUGGUGAAAGGACUACUGAGAUAGGUCUGAAAUAAAAAAGAGAGAGAGAAAGACCUGCUGCAUUGGAACUGAUAUUUUGGAGAGAGAUACAAGAGUGAAAUAAAAAUAGUCCCAAUUUCUCACCGUUCAUAGUUGUUGAGCGAUGUCCAGCGAAAGUGUCUGUAUCGUAAGCUGUAAAUACAUAUUCCCGGAGUAGAUUAAAUAAGACAAUACGACGCGUAGUCAUGACGGAUGAAUUGAAAUUGGAUCAUCGCGCGAGGAAGAGGAUCAAGGAAGUGAAAAAGAAGGCCCGACCAGAGUUGGCAGAUAAAGUAGCAUGGAGUCAGCAUGGUUACAGUAAGAAUUUUCAAGCAUUUUGGGAAUUUCAAGAUAAUGCCGAACGAAUCGAUGAAUCCGACACGACUAUGGACGAUUUUAUAGAAAGAUUUGAAAAACCUUACAAGCCUGUGAUAAUACGAGGUGUUCAAAAUGGCUGGAAAGCCCAGUACAAGUGGACUAUAGAGAAAUUAGCCAAGAAAUAUCGGAAUCAAAAGUUUAAAUGCGGCGAAGAUAAUGAAGGAUACAGUGUAAAAAUGAAGAUGAAGUAUUAUGUGCGUUAUAUGCUACAUAAUGAUGACGAUUCUCCCUUAUACAUUUUUGACAGUUCAUUUGGUGAGCAUCCAAGACGAAAGAAAUUGCUAGAAGAUUAUGUAAUUCCAAAAUACUUUCGGGAUGAUCUUUUUCACUAUGCUGGGGAACACCGAAGACCACCAUAUCGAUGGUUUGUUAUGGGACCUGCUAGGUCAGGUACAGGAAUACAUAUAGAUCCAUUAGGUACCAGUGCAUGGAAUGCAUUGAUUUCCGGUCACAAACGUUGGUGUUUAUUUCCGACGCAUACACCUCGCGAACUUCUCAAGGUAUCUGCAGCCGAGGGUGGCAAACAGAGAGACGAAGCUAUUACUUGGUUUUCCGUUGUCUAUCCACGAACAAAGUUACCUACAUGGCCACAAGAUUGUCGCCCGAUAGAAAUUCUGCAGGCUCCCGGCGAAACCGUUUUUAUCCCCGGCGGUUGGUGGCAUAUUGUUUUAAAUCUUGAUGAAACUAUAGCAGUUACACAGAAUUUCUGUUCGCGAACCAACUUUCCAGUAGUUUGGCAUAAAACGGUACGAGGGAGACCGAAACUAUCGCGAAAAUGGUUAAAGGUACUCAGGGAUAAAGAGCCUACACUGGCAGCGUUAACGGACACUAUAGACGUAAAAGAAGAUACCGGUGUUGCCAGUGACUCUUCGAGCGGAUCCUCAAGUAGCUCUUCAAGUAGUAGCAGUAGUAGUCAAUCCGAAAACAGCGAAGACGAUAGCGGUCAAGAAUCACUUACCACGCAUAAAAAGAAAAAGAGAAGAAAAUUGACUAACAGCCAACCCUGACAAUAUCCAGUAUUUGGAACCUACAAUGACCUCAAACUGUACAGUAUUAAUCACCUUACAUACUUAUUGUUUGUAAGAAUAAAUAUUAUAAUUAUCUUUAUGUUAAUAAUAAAAUAAAUAUUAGAUAACA